AUGCUCUUCUUCAACUGGCAGGCAGGGGUAGGACCAGACUCUGAGUUCUCUUUGGGUCUCUUUCGCUCCACGCCCGGAAACCGGUCGCGCGAGUUCCAGUCACCUAUCGCCCCUGCAGGGUACACCUUCGGUAUUUGGGGUGUCAUCUAUUCAGGAACAGGGACCUGGAUCAUCUACGUCAUCACCACCCUGUUCAGAACCAAUGCCAAGGGACCUGUCUAUCUUAACCCUCCUACUACCAGUCCAGCAUUUUUGGUUUCAAUCAUGCUCGAAUUCACUUUCAACGUUACCUGGCUGUUCUGUUCUGAUCGAGAAGUGAUGAUCUUGAGUCAAAUCGCAUUCUUAUUGCAAAACAUCUGCCUGUAUGUUGCUAUUAGUAUAUCCGCUGCUAGGGUCUACCAGUAUCUCUUUGUCUUCAAGGAAUACGGAAAAUUGGACUUGUGGUUGAACCGCAUCCUGAUUCACAACGUACUAGCUAUUUGGGCUACAUGGGUUACUGUCGCUUCUAAAAUCGGUAUCUCUACAAUACUUAUAUACGUGUUUGGAGUGGAUCAAGAAACAACCGUCUAUGUAUGUUUAGGCUUCCUGGCUUCUCAGCUCAUCACCUAUUUUAUCUUGGAUUGUUUCGUCUACGAUCGCUACUUUCGAUACAUUCUCAUCGUCUACCCUACAGCAAUGUGGGCUUUAGGUGGUAUCCUAGUCAACAACAUUGAUAAACCUACCAGCCCACAGGCCGUCUUAGCCUCUACGCUCUUCGCAAUCGUCUUCGUCUUCUUCGUCGUUAAAACCAUUCUCGUCAUCGUUCGCGAUCCCGUAUAUGUGAUCGCUAAGCAGAAGAAAGCCGAUGAUGUCGCCUAUUCAAGAAUGGUUUAG